AUGGUGUGCCACAAGCGUCGCGCCCUGUCCUUGGCGGUGGUUCUGGCUGGCGUGACUGGCUGCGUUCUGUUUGUCUUGCUGGGCGAUGGGCAGCUCCCUGUGCACUCUUCCGGCCAGCCCUUGCCUGAAGGGAUCGGGCAGCAGCCGUCAUCAAGCUCCGGGACGAAGUCAGUUCAUCCCGAGGCAGACACCUGGACCACAGGUGUGGUCGAGACAACUGGGCCACGGAAGCAUGCGUCACUUGCUCGGACUUGGCCGUCCACAACCCCGGUCUCCACCUCGCGUGCAAGAGACAGGUGUGGUCUACCGGCAGGUGGUCGUUGGGCCACCGUGGAGCUCCGGGGGCUACCGCCUUUCCCCAUGGCAGUGUAUGCCAUGCACGACGUUGUGAGCGAGAAGCUCAGGACAGUUCACCGCUGGGAGAUGGCCGAUCCGGCUGUCUACGGCAGGCCCGGGCACGCCAUGGACAUCGGCGGCAACCUCGGCAUCUACUCGCUGUCCUUGGCCAAGGCGGGAUGGAACGUGACGACCUGGGAGCCAAUGCCCGCCAACCUGAAGCUCCUCCGCGCUAGCCUCUGCGCCAACUCUGAAGUUGCGCCCCGGAUCGACUUGCAUGAAGCCGGCCUGUCCGACGUCGCCGAGACCUGUCGGAUGGUGUCUGACCGGACCAAUACAGGUGAUGGAACUGUGAUGUGCCGUGGGGAGAACGUGGUCCACCAGCGUGGGCAUCACUUCGUUGUGCGCGGCAGCUUUGAGAUGAAAGUGCUGGACGAGGAGCUUCCUAAGCUCAAGUUCGCCGACCAGCAGGUCGGCUUCGUGAAAGUGGACGUCGAGGGCUUCGAGUGCCAUGUCUGGCGGGGCGCACGCGAGCUCCUGAAGCAGAGGCCGCGCCUCAUACAGAGCGAAGUUUGGGGCGAAAUGCAGAACUGCACCCCGACGGAGUAUCUGAAACUCUUCCGCGACGCGGGUUACCAGAUCAAGAAGGAUGCACGAUGCCGAACCGACGCUCGUUGGACCGGGCCGCUGCGCAAGUCGGCCAUUGAAGACUACUUCCUGUGCCGAAGGGAUUAG